CAACUGCCAGAGGUACGAGAGUCGUCAUGGAAUGCCACACAGAACAGGUUCUAGGAACACCUCCUUCCCCCUGUCAUGAGUCAAAUUCAAAAUACUUACUUGCCUCGACGUGCAGAAUUCCUUUGUAUUGGAAACCUUGUGUUUCUGUUCAGUUCAUGAAACAAAUAUAAAAAUGUAUCUAAUUGGGUAUAUCAGUCCACAAUAAAUCCCCAAUUCUAACUAUAUAACGAGAAGGUGUGGAAAGCAGGCAAGUGUAUGAACUUUUUUUUUGUAACGUACCUGUUGGACAGCGUACGGCGGUUCAGUGUAGUUGAGACACUUGAGUGUGUAGGUGUCGCAUUUCGUUUGUUCUGAGCCAUGCGAGUGUAAUGAUUUCUGUGAAUGGCAACCAUACAUCCUUGUGAAAGUUAAUCCCAUAGUAAUACAGCAUCAGUAGCUACAAGUCAUGUGUUAUUGUGAGCUGUAGUGCACCACGUGGUGAAGUGCUUGUGAUAGAAAGUGGUUAGUGGCGCGGGACGCGUGCCCAGGAGGAGGGCCACUAGAGGAAGGAUUGAGCGUUUCAAAAGAAACUCGAAGAACUGAAACGUUGGCCGGUGAAACUGCUGCAGCAUGUAGCGCAGGCCGGUCCGCCAUGGAGGGCUUCAUCGGCGAGGGCUUCAACCGGGGCAAAACUGACCGCAAAAUUAACAAGAUCAACAUUCAUCAACAUGCCUUGUUCUCGGCGGUCCAGAACAACCAGUUUGAGAGGGCAGCAAACAUCCUCAAGAAUAACGAGCUCAACGUCAACAGCGUAAACAACGAGGGACUGUCUGUGCUGGAGUUGGCGACCAUGAACCACAACGUUGAACUGGUGCGGCUGUUGCUCAAACAUGGCGCUCGGGAGGACACAAGCAAGAACUACGAGGCUAACGUACAGCACCUGGACAAGUGCCUGCGUGUAGCAGAGCGUCGCUAUGAAGCCAUCGUCGCGGCGGCGGUGACCAGCAAAGAGCAGGAGAGACACCGGGAGGCGUGGCAGCGACACUGCAAGCUCCACGCCAGCAUACAGCGCGGCCUCGAGUCCCUUCAGGUGCCGGACGCCCCGAGCAGCGCUAAUGUUGAGGUGAUCGAUAGUACGAGGGUGAAGGUGAGCUUCGCAGAGCCUCACGCCUCACCACCUCAAAUCGUCACCAAGUUCAAGGUGGAGUGGAGUGUGGACGAGUGGGCGUCGGCACAGUCGCAGGAGCUAACAGACCUCAGGAGGAACUCUGUGGUGAUCGAGCGCCUGGCGCAGGGGCGGCGCCAUGCGUUCCGAGUGUCAGCAGGCAACCUCAGGGGAUACGGGGUGCCCAUCUUAACAUCCCCCCCAUUCGCUGUUCCUUCCAGUUGGCGAGAUCUGGACUCAAGAAAGCCGCGUUUUGACGGCCUCCUGCGCGAGUUCGAUAACUUAUUUAACCAGGUGCGGAGCGCUCGGCCGGAGCACGCAUCUGAGAUCCGGGCGAUGGAACCAGGCCAGGAGACGCCGCUCAAUCAGCGCCGCGCGCAGAAGAAGAAAGCCAUCAUGCAGCUCUUCACGCCCGCCCCCAAGUUCCAUAAGAACCUAAAGAGGGGCUGCUACCUUGCGAGUAUCGUGUGGUGCGAGAACAAGGUGCUUGUCACCACCGAAGAGUUCCUACCCGUCGUGGAGGUCGAUGAGAACUUCCCUAGCCAGGCGAAGCAGGACCUCAAGUGGCUCAUGGAGGUCGCGGCCACGUGGGAUGACGUCAAAAGCUUACGACAAGACAUGGAGCGCGCGGGCUCUGUGUCGUAUCUUCCGUUCCGUAGCAAACUCCUUCAAGCCGCCGCCAACAUGCAGACGGCGCUGGGAGUUCAGGACCUGGGCCAGCUGUACCAUGAGAUCAUCAAGGACAGCCAGGGCGCGUUGGUGUUCUGCACCGUCAAGCACGUCCGCUCCACCAAGAGUAUCGCUACCAUCAACGUAAAGUGGGCGCCGCUCAGCAAACUCAAGGAGAGGAAGCUCUCCGGUGUCAGUCCCAUCAGCACCCCAGGCGACGCGCCCUCGCCCUCAGCAGGGGAGCUCCUCCUAGCGUCGCUCCUGAAGCAGAUCGAGUACGGGCGAGCCUCCAGCAACCACCUGCCCCGUGGCCUCUACCUCGGAUACCUGAAGCUCCAGAGUUCCAUGGAGCACCUGCGAGUCCUCGUGCCCGACAAGGGCCCCAACAUGCUGCCCAAUGUCAAGAUCCGCGACAACACCCACGUUUCCAGGGAGGAGUGGGAGUGGGUGCAACAGCUGCGCUCUGGAAAAGAUUCCCCGCCCAGUCCUGCCCAGCAGGUGUGGCAAAGCCAGCUGGCCGCCGCUGCCCACAAGCUCCUCUCGCAGCUGGGGAUGAGUGGAGACCAUCGGAUAUAUACUGGGGAGGUUCUUGAUUUUGAUGGGGACGUGUCACUUAUACUGAUGUUCCCACCAAGCGAGUCUCUCUUCUGUAACCUCGGCCAAGAGGAUUCGUUGUUAUCGCGACCUGACCUGCUGGCCCUACCCAUCCACACGUUCGAGAUGGUGCAUCUUUCGACGUACCUCUCCCCGCUGCUCGAACGCUACGCUAGGCUCUCGUGCAUCCUUGAAAUGGACAAACUUGUGGCCGAACACGCCAAGCGUGAGGCAUUCAGCCAGGAAGAGAUCAAUGCCACCAAACAAAGACUGGCGCAGGUCCAGCGCUUCCAGCAGAUGCUGGAUGACGCUUGGAAGCAGCUCCGCUGGGUCAAGGAUGCUAUCAGUUUUGCAAGGGACAAAACCAGUCACGGAGUUCCUAUGAGUGCCAUAACCGCCUCCCUUGGCUCAUCCGUUUCACGCAACUCCCAUUCCAGUUGGAGCUCCCACAGACUCUCAGACGCGUCUUCUCCUCCUUCCAGUCCUCCAUUCCAUGGCCUCCUCCACCACAGUUCAUCAGACUCGAUACAUUUUGGUGCUGAAAAGAAACGGUUCUGUAAAUCUGACGAUAGGCUUCAAUCCAGUCGGCAUCGAACGAUGAAGAAAUCCAGCACGGCAGAAAAUGUGCGCGUAACACCUAAGGCUCAAUCUAAUUUUACCAAGUCCAAGACCUCUGAUUGUUUAUCUCACAUCCCAGGUGACAUCGAUCCUGAGUAUUAUUGUUCACAAACUCCCUCUAAACUUAGCUCGUUUGCUACAUCGGAUGAGCCAACUAUGUACAGAAAAGAUCAAUUGAAAACUAGAAGUGAAAUUCAAUUGCCGGAUUCUAUCGCUCCGGACGGGCCAUUCCCUCGAAAAGCAAGUGCCCCAGCACGAGUGGACGGGAAUGACCCACUUGACUCUGACCGAAUACCUCCGUCUCAUAAUCAAUCUGUUUUCUGUGAUUCAUUAUCUAUAAACUCAAUUAUUGAUCCAUUAAAUGACCGCAGACGAAGGGACUUGGAUCCUAUAUGCUGUGCUCGCAAAACGACAGGCUCAAUUAGGAGUCCAUUAUCUAGCUGCUACGACUUAAAUUUUGCUAGCUGCCUGCCCUUAGAUAUGAACGUCGCAGGGAGUGGUUCAGGACACGAGUCAGAGGCUUCUUUUCCCAGCAUGACGACGAGUCUUAAGUCUUUUUCAUCCACUGAGACCGAGACCGAUGCGCUCAGUCUAUUGAGUCGAGAAAGCGGCCGCAGCGAGAAUAGUGAGACAAGGAGCGGUGUGGAGGGAGAGGAAAUCGACGGUCGGAAAGCUGAGGAGACGAAGGCCAUCAAGCAGGUGUACGCUGCUUACGAGACGGGUAUGGCUAAAGGAGUAUCUGUGAAAAUUCAAGUUAACAAUAAAACAACUGCUAGGGACGUAAUAGACGUUGUGGUCCGCCACUUGAAUGUCGCAGUCGUGCAGAAAGGCAAGAAGGGACCAACUUAUGGCACAGAGAAGCUCAAGAACUUCUGUUUGGUGGCUGUGAUAGACAAGAGGGAGCGCUGCCUGCGAGACGACUUUAAGCUAUUGUCACUUCAAGAUCCAUGGCGUCAGGGCAGAUUGUAUGUCAGGACCAAGACCGAUCUUCUUGCAGCCAUAAACCAUUGCACAUCGCGCAAUUCAGGGCACGGUUCUUCCUCUUCUGAUGGGAGUAAAGUUGUUCCUCCUCCUGAAGUGAGUCCCCACUCAUCCCCAAGCGACUCCUCGUCCCCAGACCAGACCCCAAUCUUCCCCUAGGACCUGUAACCAUGCGUAUUUCUCCGUCACAAACCAUUUUGAUCUCUUAGCAUUAACAGUAAGUUAAGUUAAUACUGGGGGACGCACCUUGUGGAGUGGGCCCUGGGUGUGUCAGCAGCCUUCUACUUGGCUUCAUAUUGGCUUGGUUUGGCUUCUUCAUAAGAAAAAAAUCUGGCAUAGCUCAAUUUAAUAUGAGAAAAGAUCACCGUAUAGGUCAGAUGUUGAUUCCUCUACACUAUCUUAUUCAUACGGGAUACGAAUGAAAAUGAUAGCCGCAAUCCGCCAAACCUGGAAGAGUGAGGAACCCAUCAAAAAAGUUUUAACAUGAUCUAAUUCUCUAAGUUUACUAUGUACAUACGAAGGUACUGUAGCUAUAUUUUCCUUGUAUCCAGUGGCACCUGGAACUGAACGUCUGUGGUAGUAUGCUAGGACCAUCAGUGAGCACCAUUGGACCAUCACCACUCGUGACUGGUGGCCAAUAGUCGCUUUUUUCACGUAUGAUUUUAGGUUAGAACGAAAUGCGUUUAUGUUUAGCCUGUAAAGUAGACCGCUCUUCUACAGGGUUUCGUUCAUAAACCUAGCAGAGGAAAUACAUAUCUUUCAUUGGAUAUUUGGCUCGACCUUCUUAAUUUGUUCCAUCAUUUGUGAGUUAAUCGACUUAUUUUUCAACAUGACAGUGAAAUAUUCUACAUCUAUCAUACUUGGUGAUGCGUUCAACGCAAAUUUUUAUGAAAAUCUGCCGUUUCGAAUUAGGCAUGUACAUUGUUCAAAAUUAAUUUAUUUUGCACUGAGGCUGGGAGCCAUAAUGAGGACAGUCAGCUUAAUGCAAGCAGCGUGAUAUGCCCGUACGAAAAGAAUGCAGCGAAUAAACUUAGCAUCAGCGAAUAAACUUAAUUAGCAUCAACGUAGACUAGCAUGUAUAGGACUGUACCAAAGACAAUUAGAUUUAAACUUA